CACCAGUCACCAAUCAUCUCUCUUGUCAAAUCUCCAUAGUUGCUUCUUCUCCUGUUUCACUGUUUGUCUCAACCAAACUCUUAUUUUUUUUUGCUCUCUUUCUCUCUAUACCCCAAUUUCUUUACAUACAUAUCCAACAAUAUUAACUCUUUCAUCUCUUCAAUAACCCAGAUGUGCUUUUUAAUUCAAAUUCUUUACAAUUUAUCAAACCCACCUCACAAAGACAUGAACCCAAUCAUCAACAAACACAAUAAAAGGAAGAACCUUUUUUUUGGGUUAAGUGGUCAGCAUUUCAAUACCCCUUCUGCAACUUCCAAAAGGACACACAUAGAAAUAAUAAGUGAAAAAGAAAGAAAGAAAUGAGAAAAAAUCAAAACUUUUUCUUUCUUUCUUUCCUCUCUUUACCAUCUUUGAUCACUAGUCCUAGUUUUCUGCUACUUGUCUCAUAGACUUCUCACACACAAAAAGAAGAGAAAAGGAAAAUCCAAAAUUUUUAAUUUUUUCAAUAUCAAUUUUGUUUGUAAUGGGCACCCAAAGGAAAAUCAAUCAAUUAUGUGGUUUCUUAAGUCUUUUGGUCAGAGGGUUUCAUACAUGGAAUAAGACUCUCACCAUUAAAACCUAAUCAUCCCCUUUACCUUCGCUUCCUUCUUUCUCCUUCACACCUCCCUCUUUCUCGCUUGCUUGCUGUCUUUCCAAUCUGCGAUUCCUAAAUUCACUGAACGGAUCCGAUGAAGAAGACUAAUUUCGUUUCCUCUGCUUCCGGUGGCGAUCCCAUGAUCAGAUUAACCUUUGUGCAGGUUCUGGAGUUGGAAAAGGAAUUAGAGAUAAAGAGAAAGAGAUUGGAGAUGAUUAAACAAAAGAGAUUGACCCUCAAGUCAGAAGUUAGGUUCUUGAGACGUAGAUACGAGCACUUGAAGCAAGAUCAAACUCUUGAAACCUCUCCAGAGAUGUUGAGAUUGUCAGAAUCCGGGGGUUUAGAGGUCCCAAGGAAACCAAGUGGCGAAAGAAAGAAGCAGUCUGGUGUGAGAGCAUCUGUACCAUGUUUUGAUUUGAAACUGAAGAAUACAAUUUGCAAUGAGAAGGAAGCAUUGGCUAAUAAUGUUGCAAGUUGUGACUUGGAUAAGAAGCGAAAAAGGAGCAGAGGAAGCGAUGUUUUGACAUUCCCCGUUUCACUUCCUGACCUUAACGGAGAGGGAAACACUUCUGGCACUGACAAAGUCCCUGGCUUUGACCUAAACCAGAUCUCGGUAAAGCCAAACAACUUGUGUUAUUUUAGUGUCUUCCUUUUGGUAGAGUCUAUAGAACUUUAUUAGUUUGAUUUGUGUUUUGGUUGUAGAGAGAAGAAGAGGAGCCGGAAGUGAAUGGUGAACAUAUGGUCGCGGAAGCAAUGAAGAAUGCAAUGCUUGAUAACAGGAUCAGUGAUCUACAUGUUGAAAGAAAGUUACCCAUUUGCGGAGAUGUGGAGAAAGAGUUAAAUAGAGCAGUGAAGAGGAAGGUUACAUGGCAAGAUCCAGUGGCUUUAAGUGUUUAGGGUGUUUAGUAUGAAAUAGGAUUUGAGAUAAUGAUUUGUCGUCCCAAUAUGCACAUAUGCUUAUACAAGUAUAUAGAUAUAAGAUUUGAUUUGAUGACUUAGAAAGUCAUUACUUCCAUAUGUCCAACAUAGGAAAACCUUUGAAUAAUAACUCUUGUCAUAAGUGACUACAUUAUCCUUUUAAUCCAAUUUGGUAAUUAGGGAAUCUCAUUUGUUGUUGGAUGUUCUUACUCAUUCUCUUAAUCAAAGUCGAGGAGCAGAACCGUUUUGCUCCAACUUCAAACUGA